AUGGCGUACAACUACUCAAACCCUUACCAAUCCAACUCAGCUGCUCCCGCUCGCUUAUUCAACCCCCCUUCUUCCUCGUCUGCCGCAGUCACCUCCCAAGCCAGACAAGUGCUUUUUUCUGGUCUCCCUGUCGAUAUCAGCGAGAAGGAUCUUCGAGAAUUGCUCCUCUCAGAUCCAUUGCGAUUAUCCCCAAUAACCACCUCGGUGACAUGUUUCAGUGGACCGGAUGGAAGGUUCUGCGGUAUCGCCCUCGUCUACGUCGCCAACGCUGCCGAUGCUGAGAAGAUAAGAACAAACUAUUCAGGACAACAGAUCGAUGGAAGUAAGUUAACAGAGGGACACAUCCUCCCUGCCAACCAAUCUCUUUCCGCCGCUUCCACUUCCAUAACCGCCCCAUCCACUUCCGUUCCUCGACCUACAAAUCCUGCCAAAACUCCCAAGAACAAGACCAACGGUGCAGUCACACCGAAUCCCAAGGUGGAUGAGAAGCCAGCUGGUUUGAAGCUCUUAGCACGACUGAGUAAACCAGCUCAAGGAAAGGAUAAACAGUUGGCUCUGCUUGAAAAGCAAAAGGCCAAUCUUGCCAAAUCCGGUGCUUCUGGUGCUGCUCUUCUUUCCCGACUCCAGGGUUCACCCAAAGGUCACGCAUCAGCCAAAACCAAAGGCAAAGCAACGAAAUUAUCUACUGGUACUGCUAAAGUCGGACGAGCUAAAGCAAAGGCCGCUGGGAAAGAUGCGAUGGACGUGGAUAAACCUGUAGCUAUAGCAAAGGCUAAAAAGGAGAAACCAAAACCCAAAACUCAAGCGGAAUUGGAUGAGGAGAUGAGGGCUUAUGAAAGGGCAAGAAGAUUCGCUUAA